AUGUCGACUCGAGAUGAUAGCCAGUCGGGACCCAAGAGAAAGAAACGUACGAAAGGAACAUUUCCAUGUGAGCAUUGUGACAAGGUGUAUCUGAGGUCAGAUCACCUUGCCAGACACCAGUUGAACCAUGAGCCCAAGGUGGUAUACCAAUGUGAUUUUAUGGUAGAAGAAUACGGAGGUGUUAUGCGUAAAUGUGGCAAGACAUUCGUUCGACGUGAUCUUAAAGAACGACAUAUCAAGCGUCACUUGGAGAUCCGAGAACAGGAGCUUAUGCUGGGCAAGACUCCCAACGAAACAGAAUCAAUCCAAUCCAAAGAAUCUGAAGACGAAGAAGUCAAGAAGAAGAGGAGGAGGAAGCUGAGUGUACCACAACCGCCCUCUGGUGUGGUAACUGGUGGUUCUUAUGGUGUAUUAAGUGGAGGACCAACUGGGGGACCAACUGGGGGACCAACUGGGGUACCAAGUGGAGGACCAGGUCCAGGAAUCAUAGGUGCUAAUUCUCCAUUACAAAUCUCUAAAUUAAUUCAUGGUACUACCAGCGGUAUUCCUGAACACCCAAGCCUUCAACAACAACAACAACAACAACAUACAUGGAUGAUGAACCUCCAAUCUCAAUCUCAAUCGCCACCUCAAUAUCCUCCAACAAAAGUUCCUCCAUCACCUCUUCCCCCACCUCCCCCACAAAUGCAUUUCUCUCAUACAACUUCCCCCCACAUUAAGCCAAAUCCGUCUUAUAAUUUAUCACCAGUUGCUCAGACAACCUAUAGUCUGCUGCCAUAUAAUCAACCAUUCCCUAUGGCUCCCCCAAACAAUACAGCCUCGCACUCUCUGAUAAUGUCUAAGAAUAAUAACUUAGUGGACAGUAAGCAAAGGCCUAUACCCGGCCCAGAUUACUUUGAUCCACUGAGUCUAGAAGACCCUACAGACUAUAAACUUAAUGUCGGAAUGCCAUCUUCUCAGAACGACAUUUUAUCGUGGUUAUUUAUGGAUUCUUCCACCAAUAAUCUUGCUGUGCAGGCACAAAUAGGAAACCUCCAAGCUAUUCCCGAAGUUAAUAGCCUCCCAGGACCUGCUAAUAUUCCAAGCAUUCAAGGAGAAAUACAGGGCAGUACCCAGGCUCAGCCAAUGCAGAAUAAUAAUGAUAAUAAUACUAAUAACAAUAUUAAUAAUGUCACCAUUCCAACAAACAUGGAGCAACAGUCCAUCAAGAUUGGAGGACCGAAUGGACCGAAUGUCUCAUAUACUCUGAAUGGAGGUUUGGUUGGUCCGCCUGAUGAUCUUAGCUCCUUUUAUAAUAUUCUGACAUCCUUCAAUAAUUACGGUUUACUGGAUGUGAAUAUUUUUCAAAGUGAUGGGAACCCAUUAGAUGAUAUAUUCAUCAAGUACAAUUCCCAAAGAUUAAAUAACGGCAGUGAUACCAACAACACGCCAUUAUCGAGUUCGACGUUGAAUCAUUCAACUAACAGCACCUCCACAUCUCCAUCGAAUUCAGUGGAUUCUAAUAAUGUUUCACCAAUGAAUAACUCUUUGGAAGGUGGUGGAGUGGAUGGGUUCACGAAUAACAAUGAGUAUUUGGCAAUACAAAAUACGAAGCAGCAACAACAGCCUUCUAUAGGAGGGGAUCUGAGUAGCUUGGAGUAUCAACUUAUAAACCAUGCUAAAUAUAAGAAUGUCAAGAUCAAUAAGCAUUUGUUUGUUGAUUCUUUGUUGGUCGAUUCCUUUACCAAGUUAAUGCCAUUGUUUAAUCGUGAUGCAAUGGAAGAACUUAUGCCUAGUUCCUUUGACGUUACCAUAGAGGAUAGACUCUCGUUUUAUUUGUACUAUUAUUGGUCCGUUUUCCAUCCCCAAUUUUCAAUCUUACACAAGCCAUCGUUUGACACCAAGUUGGCUCAACCUCAUCUUGUGCUUGCGAUGAUCGUUGUAGGAUGUCAAUAUGCUCCACAUAAUGACAAUUUCCAGGAAAAUAUUCCUUAUGAACAAAGAAAGAAACUGGCAUUAUUUAAGUUAAGUGAAUUGAUUCUUGUCCCACUCAGGUUUCUAAUAUUCCAGCAUGAAGAGUUCAAAUCUCCAGUUAAACUUUGGAUCUUACAGAGUUUAAAUAUGAUUGAAUGGUGUGAAAAGAACUUUUUAUCACGACAUUUACAUGAACGGGCCCAUCUUCACCAUGGGACCACCGUUCAAUUGUUGCGUCGUUCUCCAUUAUUGGGUGGGAACCCUUCCAAGAAAUCCAAGAGAACAUCAUCGAGAAGUUUAAAUAGUUCAGCUGAAGAAGAGUCAGAUCUGGUAGCCACUGACUCCAAUGAAACCGCUGCUGCUGCUUUAAGUGGUGGUAAAGUUGUUGAUGAAGCUGAAGACUACGAAAUGUUUGUUAAAUGGGUUGAACUGGAACUGAUGAAAAGAGUGACAUUCAUGACUUUCUAUAUGGAUAUCAUGGAUUAUAUUAAAUACCGUCAUAAUCCUCAGAUAUUUUUUUAUCAGUUACAAUUGUUGAAUCUUCCUUGUGAUGAUGAGUUCCUAUGGGAAUCCAAUGAAGCCAAUGGCUCAUUUAAAAAGAUUGUUAAGCAACAACGGAAAUUACUUCAUAAGAAACAACAAAGGUAUAAGGUCCCAGAUACGGUUACAGCUUCCGCUUCAACUACAACUGCAAGUUCUGCCACAGCUGGUACCAGUGCCACUGCUUCUACUGCUACUGCUUCUAAACCCGAUUCAAUGGGUACAGUAGCAGCUCGAGCCAUGGCUAAUAGCAACUCCAACCAUUCGAAACCAGCACUGAGAAAAGACGAAAGGUUCAUAUUCAGUGAUAGUUUCCUCAAUGCUUUAAAGGCACUCUUGAAACUGCAUGGAGAUAAUCAUAAUGAAUUACCUUCGAGCUCCUUAUUCCGAAAGAAGAUCCUCUUUGCUGGCUUGACCUCCAUCAUGUACCAAAUGCAGCAGACCGAGAUCCAAAAGAACACUUUCCCUGGAGGAUUGGGUGUUCAAGGAUACAACAAAGAUUAUAUUUGGAAGGAGAUCAUAACCAAAGUCUUGGAUAAUUGGAACGUUGAUGUUAAUGGAGAUUGCACGCAUGUGAAGAUCCCCAAGAAGUCCAUUUUGGAACAAACUAAUAAGCUAAGUCAAUGCAAGUUUCCCAUGUACCAUUUGGUACAGAUUAUUGGUAUAUCGGAUAUUAACCAAUACGAUAUUGCAAUCUAUGGAGGGUCCUCGGGUAACAUGAGUGUGGGGGCCACCAGUAGAGACUAUUAUAUUGUGGAGAGGAAAUUGAAGAUGAUCUGGUCCAAACAUGAUACUCGAAGCAUUAACAAUAUCAUUAACCUCAAGUGUAUUAUUCAUUGCUAUUUGUUCCUUUGGGAAUUGAUGUUGCAACCUUUAUCCAUUGAUACCAUUGAAGUGUCCAAGCCACAAGUGAGUCAGAACCCCUUCUUAGAUUGGAAUAUCAACCACAAUUACUUUGAUAGAAUGUACACCAUCAGUACUAUCAUGUUAGUGCUUUGGAGUUAUUGUUAUUCUACCAGUGGACCAGAAAGUAAUCGCUUCAAUGAAGAAUUUGACUUAAAUACUCCCUACGAUAAGUUGAUUGAAUGUUCUACCGAAAAUGGAUACGAAUACUUACUAAGAAUAAGACUGGAGUUCUCCAUUCACUUGAGAAGAAACAAUUUACAUCACGAUUACAAUAUUCAUCCGUUUAAAUUGAAUAACAAAAAUAAAAACCAUACCAUGAACGAAGUGAUGAUCCAAUAUUGCAAUAUUUUACCUCAAAUCACCAAUAAGCAAAAUAUCCUGGGACUUUGCUUCUUAAUCGGGAAGAAACUCUUGAACAGUCAAUGUGAAAUUCUUCGAGAGAAUGCUAAAUUAAUCUUGAACUGUGGCUUUAGAUCCAUUGGAAAGAAGUCCAUCUAUUGUAUGGAUUUAUUUGAUAAUAACGAGUUUUCAAAUUGA